AGCUACAGUACAGUCACAAUGUUGCUUGCGCCUGUGUUAUUUUUGUUUGCUUCUCCCAUGAUGAUUGUCUCAGGGGCAGAUUGGUGCUACCAGUCCCAAGUUACAUGUAGUCACGCCUGCACAGGUCCAGUGGUAUGGGAAGUGGUUUCACAGCAGUGCAAUGGCAGACAUCAGUCUCCAGUUAACAUUGUUACAAGGAGAACCAAACCAGAUGAACGUCUCACUCCUUUUGAGUUCAUUGGCUAUCAAGAGGCUUUUCAUGGACGCCUCCUAAACACCGGCCACACAGUUCAACUGAAUUUGCCCUCCGGUAUAAGGAUCAAAGGAGGAAGGUUGGCUGAACCAUACAAGGCACUUCAGCUUCACCUGCACUGGGGCGAAAAUGGAGGACCGGGGUCAGAACACACCCUUGAUGGAGAACAGUUUCCAAUGGAGAUGCAUAUUGUACACAUAAAAGAAGACUACGACUCUUUGUCCCAGGCUGUAAGAGACCGCACAGGCGUGGCUGUUCUUGGAUUUUUCUUUAAGGAGUCCAAGUCUGCAAAUAAGAAAUUUGAUCCACUUCUUAAUGCCCUGAAAUACAUCACACGACCCACCAACAGCACGAUACUGAAGGGUGUGUCCCUGGAAAUGUUGAUUCCUCCCCAGAAGAAUAUGAACAAGUACUUUCGCUAUGACGGCUCCCUCACUACACCCAACUGUGCUGAAGCUGUCGUCUGGAGCUUGUUUGAAGACACCAUUCCUCUUAGCAGGAAGCAGCUCACUGCAUUCUCAAAGCUGAAGUUUUCUGAUGGAAAGCAGAUGGUAAAAACCUUCAGACCAGUGCAGCCCUUGAAUGGACGGGAGGUAUAUUACUCCGGAGGCCAUGUUGCUCUGGUUAACACUGUGCUAGUCAUCAUGUUAGUGCUGGUAUCCAGUGCACUCUCCUUCCCUGCCUCUGUUCAAUUAACUCAACCUCUAUGAAUAAAUACAGCUGUCUAUGUCCCCUGAUGAUUGUCAAAUAUGUGAAAUAUAAUGUACUAUAUAUUUAAAAGUAAUAGGUGAAUCUACUGUAUACUGAUAAUCUUUCUUUCUUGAUUGCUGCAGCAGCUCUGUCUUCCUGAGGGCAGUUUUUAAAUUCUUUAAAAGGCGGAUGAACAGGACCAGCCCCAGUUUGCAGCGCUUUUUGUUUUACUUGCAUUUAAUGUAUACAUUCCAGUUGAUAAUUUUACUGACCAUGUUUGUGAUUCUGGACAGUCUGUCUGUAGUCUUAGCCCCCCGGUGCCCAUACCACGUACACGUUACUGUAAAAGUUAAAACACAUCCAUCAAGACUCUAAGAUGUUCUUGCUUAUAUUGAAUUAAUCUAAUUUCCUGAUUAGAUACAA